UGCUACAGACAACAUUUCUGCUCGCAGUGCUUCCUACCCCCAGAACCCUGUUUAACAAGAGAAGACUAGCUCAUUUUGUCCUAUAAACACUGGAUUUACAGAACUACAAGGUUAUAUUUGACCUGUGAUUGAAGAAGAGUCUUCUUCAUCGUCAACGUCACAAGUGGGAAAAAAAAGGGAAUAAUCAUGAAAAAGGGAAAGCAGGUGAUUGAUGACAAUGAGCCCCCAACAUAUCAGGAGGCGACAGCAGGCUACAGUGAGAUGGAGGCCCAGUUUGUCUGGGAUGACAAGACCAUCAGGCGGACCUUCAUCAGGAAGGUCUAUGCCAUCCUCAUGGUCCAGCUGCUUGUCACAGUGGCAAUUGUGGCUUUAUUCUCAUUUUGUGCACCCGUGAGGUUUUAUAUUCAGACUCAUCCUGGAUUGUACAUGGCAUCUUAUUUAAUGUUCUUUGCCACUUACAUCGCACUGUCCUGCUGCGGAGAGCUGAGGAGGCAGUUCCCUUGGAAUAUUAUCUUGCUAGUUCUCUUUACUUUGAGCAUGGCCUUCAUGAUGGGAUUUAUGUCAAGCUUUUACAACACUAAGUCAGUGGUUCUGUGUCUGGGAAUCACAUCCAUAGUGUGUCUUUCUGUCACCAUCUUCAGCUUCCAGAGCAAGAUUGACGUCACAUCCUGUCAAGGUGUCCUGUUUUCUUUGUGUAUGGUCAUGCUCCUCUGCGCCAUCACCAUCUCCAUUGCUGUCCCGUUUGGAUAUGUUCCAUGGUUACAUGCUAUUUAUGCUGUGAUAGGAGCCAUCCUCUUUACUCUGUUCCUGGCUUUUGACACUCAGCUGCUGCUCGGGAACAAACGCUACACUAUCAGUCCAGAGGAGUACGUCUUUGCAACACUCAGCAUCUACCUGGACAUUAUCUACCUGUUUAGCUUCUUAUUACAGAUCAUGGGAGGAGGUCGCGAUUAAAACAUGUAUUUUUGCCCCUCAGCUGCAAUGUCAGGACUCUUAGGAUCACAACUUAGAUUUUUCCCCUCAUAAACAAGAUGACAUCGGGGAUUUCAAAUUCACUGCAUCACUGUAUUGAAGGUUUUUUCCGUUUUCCUUAAGUAAGAACCGACUGUUUGUUCUUGGCUUUUGUUCUGGUAAUCACACCCAUAUAAUCCUGCUGCUGGGUCUGACACUGACCUCUGACUUAGUGUACACUCCUCUGAUACCGCAAUGUAAGUGUUCAUUUUACUCUCAAAUAUACUGAUGGUCUGUUUUCAUAAUGUUCAGGAGACACUACUGUGAUCCCGCCCCCAAACCAGUGUGUUCAAACACACACGCAAAACACUCACCAGACCCAUAAGUAAAUAACCCACCAAAGACAGUUGUAGUGUGACAGAUGUAAUCAGUUUCACUUAUGGGACCAAAAAUGGGAAGAUUCCAGAAAUCUAUUCAUUUCAGCAGGGACUAUUUGAAAACUCUUGUAGACAAGGCGCAGAUUGUUUUAUACUCCUUUCUAAUACACGAUGACACUUUUAAUAGU